UUGUCCAUCUCUACUGGUAAGUCAGUGUGAAGACAGAGCAACUACAGAAACAUCAGGAAAUCAGUAUUUCAGUCAUCCUCAGGAUGUCCAAUUCAGGUAUUUUCUCCAUUGAAUUCAACAAGUUACCAGUUUCAAGAUCCUGUUCAGUCCUCUGAAGCAGAUUUCCACUGCACGCCUUGGAUCCAUGCUCCUAAUCAGCUUAUGAGCUUCCCUUGACCUACGCUUCUUUUCCUAAUGCGUGUCUGACUAUGGCUGUCCUCAAAGUCAAAUUCACCAAAACCAAGAGGGACAAAUUGGCUCAGAUCUUAUGGAUCCUCAACUGGGUUUCUGUAGUGAGUGGGAUCAUUCUCUUCAGUCUUGGCCUCUUUCUGAAAAUAGAGAUCAAGAAGCGCAAUGAAGUGAUGGCAAAAGGGGACAUUAACUCUGUCCCCAACAUGCUGAUCUCUGUAGGGGUCAUAGCAUGUAUCAUCAACUUUCUGGGUGGCAAAAUCUGCUAUGACUGCUCAGAUGCAAACAAGUUCUCUCGCUGGAAACUAGUAAUGCUGCCAUACAUCGUAUGUACCUUCUGUUUUACCUUCUGCAUCCUGGUGGGUGCUCUCAUGUGCUAUACCAUGAGGAACGAGCUGGAAGAGUCUCUCUAUCUCGGACUGAGGGAUGCCAUUAAGUUCUAUAAAGACACAGACAUACCUGGGCGAUGUUUCUUAAAGAAAACAGUGGAUUUGUUACAAAUUGGAUUCCGUUGUUGUGGAAACAAUGGCUUUAGAGACUGGUUUGAAAUUCAGUGGGUAUCUCCUCGGUAUCUGAAUAUGGCUUCCAAGGAGGUUCUGGACCGUCUGAAGAGCAAUGUUGAUGGGAAGUUCUUGGUGGAUGGAGUCCCCUUCAGCUGCUGCAAUCCCAGCUCACCACGGCCCUGCAUCCAGUACCAGCUGACAAACAACAGUGCUCACUACAACUACGAUUUCCUCACAGAGGAGCUCAAUAUCUGGAUGAAGGGGUGCAGACAGGCUCUGCUGGAUUACUACACUGGUAUCAUGAGAUCCAUUGGUAUUGCAGCAUUGCUUAUUUGGUUGUUCGAGCUCUCUGUACUCAUUGGUGUCCGGUACCUACAGACAGCCAUGAAGAAUGUCCUUCUGCUAGGAGAUCUGGAGGGUGAAUCAGAUGGUUGGUUACUAGAAAACAGUGUUGUGGAAACUGCCAAAUACAACAUCAACAUCAUUAAGAAUCUCGGCAAAGCCAACCAGAUCUCCACUGUCUCAGGCAUGAACGACCCCAACAUUAAUGUUCAAAACACAGACUGUGACAAAACUAAUAUUACAACAAAAUCUAUCCCUGCAGCUAGGUAG